UCCUUUCCCAUCUCAUGUUAUUUAUUGAGAAGUACAUCGUAAUAUGUGUUCUCUGAAUAAGGAGAAGGCUAAAACUAUUAAAGUUAACUUUAAUUUUUUUUCUUUUAUAAGAACUUCAUUUCAGAGGUAUAUGGGUUGGAGAAUAAUUAAACCAAGAGGACUCAGAUGCCCUUAAUUUUGGAUAUAUGGUCUGAAUAACAUUUUAAAAAAAAUCAGACCUAAACAGAAGACUGGUGCCUUUUAAAAGGAUUUUGCAUUUCACAAAAGGAUAUACUAUAGGAUUAUUUUAAAUAAACUUCAUGGAGCAGUUUAAAUCACUUGCUUUUGCAAAGUUUGGAUUUAUACAUACUUUUGAAAUAUGUCCACUUUGAAUCAAAGGUAGUAAAGAAAGAGUAUUAUGAAGAUGUCUGCUUAUCUACACACACACGCGCGCGCGCGCACACACAUACACACACAUCACUGACAAUUUUCAAAAUGGAGUUUUCAGCAAGGAAUUAGAAAUUCCUUGCCUUUUCCCCUUGUUUUCUCAGUUUGCUUGUUUACUGUAACAAAAAUGAUUUUAUAUCAGUAUAAACUGAAUGUUUUUUAAUAUUUAAGUGUAUUAAUUUAAUAAAAUUAGGAGAAGUUGAAGGAUAAGGCAGUAAUUCGUUUUCGGACCAUUUUAAAUCUUUGCGUGUAUCCUGUAAGGUGUGAGUUCGAAUAGGUAUGUACAAAUGGUGGUGGUAAUAUUAGUAUUGUUAUAACGUAAGGCUUUGGAUAGGUAGGUACGUGCUCUGAUGAGGAUGUUUUGCUUUAAAAAUUAUUCUUAACCCAGCUUAGUGUUUUUCAGAGUAGUGAUAAUUGGGGACUGUUUGGGUUAACCAGUAAUUUUGUUAGAGAGUUUGGACCUCUUUGAAUCUUUGCAUGUAUCUUGUAAAGUGUGGCUUUAGAUAGGUCUGGUGCAAGUAGUGGUAGUAGCAGGACUACUACUCCUCUGUUAUCAUGUGUGGAUCUGGAGGGGUGCAUGCAAACAAUUCUGACCAGGCUGUUUUGCUUUAAAAGCUGUUUGAUCUUAUAACUGGGAAUAGUGAAAGCUUGCUUACAGGUUAUUAAGUCUCCUGAGAUAAUGAAGUAGUAGAAACCUAUCAGGGCACACCAAAAAUCUGUUUAAUAUUUAUUAGUCCCAUAUUCUAAUUAGCCUGUAGUAUUGACUUUAUAUACACCUUUUAAGGUUCAGGGAAAUUCCAGAUAAAGGUUAGGGAUGAAAUCCAAAAGGGGAGGAGGGUGACUUGAGUAUGGUAAAAGCAUUUAGAUUUCUCGAGUAAAUUCUGAUGUUAAAAUUUAGAUUCUUAAACAAUUUUAAAGACUUAAAAGUUGUUUUUUAUAAAAUAGUUAUUUGCACUUUACCUGCUGGCUUUUCCAUUUGGUAGAUAACAUUCUGAACUCCAGCAGAGUUUUAUAAUCCCCACGUGCUUAAAUAUACUAAAUGUUCUUUUUCCAUUAAGGUUAAUGUUCGUGAAGAAAUUGAAGAGUUUUUUCCAAGAAUGUGGAAGAUAAAUCAAGAUAAAAGAAGGCUAAUGAAAAGUAUUAAAGAUCAGAAAAUUAAAAUUGAAUGGGGGAAAAAAUUGAACAGAAGAUUGGUCAGAUAGAAGCACUUGAAUUUUUUUUAAGGCUAUUAUGAAUUGUUUGAAUUGGGGAAGAAUACACGAAGUAUGAAAAAGGAAAAACUCAAUGAAGAAUGAAGAAAAGUAGAAAGCACGAGUGAAGUAGAAUUAAAAGAAUCUGGAAGAAUGAAUGGGUCCUAGGAGUCUCGCUCUCAGUCAAAAUCUCCAGCGGGGAGUCCUGCUCGUGUAAAAUCGGAGAGCAGGUCAGGAUCUCGUAGUCCAUCAAGGGCUUCUAAACAUUCCGAAUCCCACUCUCGAUCGAGAUCAAAGUCCAGGUCGAGGUCAAGGAGACAUUCUCAUAGACGCUACACUCGAUCCAGGUCCCACUCUCAUUCUCAUAGGAGACGAUCACGAAGUAGGUCAUACACACCAGAGUAUCGUCGUCGAAGGAGCCGCAGUCAUUCUCCCAUGUCUAACCGAAGAAGACAUACAGGCAGCAGAGCUAAUCCAGACCCCAACACAUGUCUGGGAGUGUUUGGCCUGAGUUUGUAUACAACAGAGAGAGAUCUUCGGGAAGUAUUUUCCCGUUAUGGACCCUUGAGUGGUGUCAAUGUGGUUUAUGAUCAGCGAACUGGACGAUCCCGAGGAUUUGCCUUUGUUUAUUUUGAGCGAAUAGAUGAUUCAAAAGAGGCCAUGGAGAGGGCGAACGGCAUGGAGCUGGACGGCCGGAGGAUCCGGGUGGACUAUUCCAUCACCAAGAGGGCGCACACGCCCACGCCCGGCAUCUACAUGGGGCGACCCACCCAUAGCGGAGGAGGUGGAGGCGGCGGAGGCGGGGGAGGCGGUGGAGGCGGCGGCAGACGUCGGGACUCUUACUAUGACCGAGGAUAUGAUCGAGGAUAUGACAGAUAUGAAGAAUAUGAUUACCGGUACAGAAGAAGAUCGCCUUCUCCUUAUUACAGUCGAUACAGAUCACGGUCAAGAUCCCGUUCCUACAGUCCAAGACGCUAUUGAUGAAUUAAACGGUUGCUAUUGAGGACUUGGAUUUUUAAAAUUCUUCUGGAUUUCUCCAACCUUUUAAUCUUCCCCACCUCUCAAGAACCCUUAAAAAAUCUUUGGUUUAUUUAGAAUCUACACUUUUUAAGUUGAUAUAUUGCUGUUUUCACCCGUUUAUUAUACUCUGGAAGAUGUAAUUGUUGUAGUUUUGAGUAGUCAAACAUCUUAAAACUUAAAGGAAACCCCAGUGUUAAUACAUUUUGUAAAUUUUUUUUUUGUUUUUACAAAAAAAAAAAUUUAACUCUUAAUCAAAUGAGGAAAGAAAGUGUUGUUUUUGAAGAGCUUGUUUUGUGUGAAUUGUACACACGUUGUAACAGAAAUUUUCAUUGACAAAUAACUUGGUGUUUGGGGGGUGUUUUGUUUGUUUAUUUUUGGUUAACUGUUUGCCUGUUUAUUUUAAGAAAAAUAGUAAUCUAUCUAAAACUGUUCAGUAAUGACAAAUUUAAACGUGGGGUGGCAUGAACAGUCAAAUAGUUGAGUGUAGAAAGUUUGAAGCUGUAGAAGAAAAAUGAUUCUUGAUCAUUUCUUUUGAAAGGAAACAAAAAUUGAACCCUAAAAAUUAGGUCUAUGUUUUAGAGAUGAAAAGCUUGUGGAUUCCUGCACAACAUAUUGCAUUUGAAAUACAUCUGUUAAACCUUGCAAAUUUAAUUAAAGUGUGGUUUUUUUGUGUGUGUUUUUUUAAAAACCUUACUCAGUUUAAAUGUUCCCUUAAUCAGUGAAGGACAACCCCUAUUUAUUGAAUAUAGCAAUUUAGUUAUAUAAUUUGCUGUUCAUAGAAAUUUUGGUAUUGGGAUAAUGGGUUAAACAGGUUAUAGUUUACAAUCCUUUGAAGUGAUAUGUGUGGGGGGAAUUUACCAUAAGUCUGCUCUCAUUUCAAAUAAAAGUUAAUUCCAUUGAAA